AGUCCAGUGGAAUCCAGUCGUUGUCGCGCGCUGGUUUCGUUUACAUCGGAUUUGUGGUCGAUUCAGUGUUUCAGUGCAAAUUUUAUAAACAUACCGGUUGAAAUUCACUUACGCACGAUACCAAUACAGUAUAUUAUUAUUGUUGUGAGUUUUCGUAAAUCGCUGAAAAAUAUGUAUAAAGAAUUUAGAUUAUGUCUUUUAAGUGGCUUACUACUGAUGAUCUUCAGUAGUCUCGUCGCUGCGACUACUUCCGAGGAAAGUUUCGAGACGGUUCAUACAAGCAACGCGGCUGUUUUCAACAGACUCGGAAUGACACGUCUUCAAAUACCCGAUGGGCAUCAUAAGAAGCGAUUAGCCGGACCUGAACCACCGGGACUCAGCUCGCAAACGCGCAUACAUCAGCCUUACAGUCGUCGUCAUGGACAUCGCGACAGCCACGUUUACAUCGUAAAACUUCCGGCUAGUCCUCCGUACUACACGAUUACGAAGCCUCACAAAUCCAUCAACGACGAUAAAGUAACCAAGACCGGUCCGAGUUUUCCGGUGGGAUUUCAAGGAAAUGGUAAACCUGCCAAGAUUUAUCAUUGGAAUUUACCGGUAAAGAAAAUCACGGAGAAGCGUCUUCAACUAAGUCAACUGAGGAUUGACCAGACUAGGAAAAAACUGGAGGAUAUGAAGAAACGGCAACAAACGUCUUCUACAAAAACCAUACUGAACAAGCUUUAUCCGCUCGACACAAGCAGUAGCAAAAGCUACGAGUAUCGUGCCGCUGAUAACAAACUUUAUUCCCACCAAAAGCCGCCGGUGACGAAACACAUUAGAAAUAAUGACAAGAGGCUCAGCUAUUCGAACUACGACAACGACAAUAUUAAAUUCAAGUCGACGAAGAAAAACGAUAUUGGCAACAAGGCAUAUAGACUGGACGAUUUCAAUGUGCAUAGGAUCCAUCUGACCAAUGAACUUCACGGCUCGAGGAACACCGUGCCGAAGAUGAAAAAGCACCGGAAAAAAGCUGCCACGUCAUAUUACGCGCCAAUCGCCACCAAGACGGGUUCCACUAGCAUCCACAAGAACUUCCCCGGAAAUGGCAAACCUAAGGCUUUCUACGUCAUGGAGAAGAGUCGCAAACCAGUAUACUAUCAUCCCCUUCUACCUUAAUCUCCGAUUGUUCGUUUAACUUGUGCAUAAUCGUGUAAUAUCUUAACUGACUCGCGAGCCUGUUAGCUUAAAUAGAUGCAUACUACUCUGUUUGUACAGAAUCAGGGAGAAACGCGCCACUCGAAUGACAACGAUAAAAUGCAAAAAAAAAGAGAGAAACAGAGACUUUCAUGCCUAUAUUGCAUAUAGUCAUUCUUUUUCAAGACAGUGCAUUCCGCAAACUGUUUGACUUCUGUUGAAUAUAUAUCGUUAUUACCUUUACUUAUAAAAAAUCUAUUAAGAUAAGUAAAUGUUAGAAAUGCAAGCAUAAUUUUUAUCAUUAGCAGCUUGUUGAUAAAUUCGUUUUUUUUCACAUAUUUUUUUAUUUUACGAUUAUCAUAUUCGGAUAAUCCACGUACUCUAUGAAUUGUAACAACCGCAGACGAGAUUUUUAUUUGCAUUACUUUAUUAACUAACAAAUAGAUGAGGAAUCUAAGCAUAUCAUAUUUUCACAAAAAAUAUGUUAUAUUCAUUAAUAUAAUACAAUAAUAAUUGGUAUUGAUUGUACCCAUAGUCAACAAAAAUUUCCGCAAAAUGUUAGGAGUCCAAACAUCUAUUUCUUUUUAAGAAUAUGAUUAUGUUACUUGUAUUGAA